GAAACGUAUACCAUUGACACAUUACAAGCUACUGCCCGGAAAGGUCAACUCUUUGUUUACACGCUACACUCAGCCUCCUUCUUUUCUGUCACAGUUGACGUGAAGUGGUCGGCUACGUUGAAAAAUCGCCCUGCUCUCCCAUCCUGGCUUCAUCUGGUGCCGUCACGUCACAAGGCUCUUGCCUACCUUGUUGGAACGCCAGUCACUGGAGCGAGACAAGUUACUGCACACGUACUAGCAAAACGACUGGAUACGUUCAAAUAUGAACAACGAUACAUUAUCAUCAACCUCGAGGACGAUGAACGAUAUAAUCGUGCAACACAGCAGGUAGUCGAAAUCCACAUAGAGAACAUUGAGGCAGAAGAUCUCUUCGCUGAUAGGAAUGGUCUUUCAGGCAAAUUGAUCAAUUCUGUGAGGGAGGCAUUUCGAGGGAAGGACGUGCACCCAUAUAUCUACAACAUUCAGCCGGCUUUUCAGGUGCCGCUGGGGAAGGAGCAUCUCUUUGGAGGUCAAAAAACAGGGUCUCUGGUAUCCGUGGGAACACAGCGAGGUUUUCGUACAAAUGUGCACAAACUAGUACACCAUUUACAAGUAAAUCCCGCUUUCUGUAAAAAACGGCUUCUGGUGGUACUGAAUAAAUAUUUUUCCCCCACCUUCAACGUCGACUGGUGUCGCACUAGAAUCCGGAAUAUGACUUUGCAGCAAGCAAUCACAGCAGAACCGAGUGCGCUCAGCUCUGUCGACACUGUCAUCAGACAUAAACAGCCAAACGCAGAAGUAGGAGCAACGUCUGAAGGAUACACGUUUUGGGAAAGCGUUCUAGUGUUUCCUCUGAUAGCGGUGUUCUGUAUCGUGCUCGUUCUUGUGUUGAGCCUCAUAUUUUUUGGCAAAAGAGAAGGCCAGCAAUGGAGAGACUAUAAAACUGCAAAAGAACAAUUGGACGAAUAUGUAAAUGUACGACAAAGUCAACGACAUCUAAGAGAACUUUCUGCACAGCGACAGUUGCUUCUGAUGGCUCGAGGUCUUCACCAGUCGUCAAGAUGUGGUGUACAUUCAUUUCUGCAACCCAAGUAUAAAGGAGCGCAAACUGGGAACGAUUCAUUGGAAAAAUUUAGCAAAAGUGGCAGCAAACUUGAAGAUAUCAAUGCCGACUUUGAUCAUCCAGUC